CCGGAAGCGGCGGGAAGGCGGUGAGGUGCUGGCCGCGGGAGCGAGAGGGGGAGGUAAUUGAAUGGGUCUUCCGAAGCAGAGUUGCUAAAACUGACAGAAAAUGGCAUAUCGAAGAGAUGAAAUGUGGUCUGAAGGGCGAUAUGACUAUGAAAGAGUUCCAAGAGAACGUCUCCCUCCAAGGAUUCAUCCUGAUGCAACAACAAAAUUUCUGCAUUUUCAGCAAACUGGAAAUCAGAUAAGUUUGCACAGGGAUGAUUACCAUAGAGUAGUAAACAUUGUGCCCAAGAAACCACCGCUGCUUGAAAGACCUGGGGAUGGGAAUUAUAGUAGGUAUGAUGAUUACAGUCACGCUGAGUACAGAGACUAUGAAGAGGGUCGCAGUUUUGCCCAUGAGCGAAGAAGUGGCCCUCCACACCGAGGUGUACGUAAGGAUGAAUCAGGAUACAGAUGGCCAAGGGAUGAUCAUCCUAUAAGUCGGCAGCCUGAAUACAGGGACGUCAGAGAUGGCUUCAGAAGAAGAAGCUUCUAUCCUUCUCAUUAUAUAAGAGAGCGAUCCCCUCAUAAGAGGGACUCUCCUUUCUUCAGGGAAUCGCCAGGGAGCCGAAGGGAUUCUCCGCACAGCAGAUCUGGCUCUAGUGUCAGCAGCAGGAGCUACUCCCCUGAAAGAAGCAAAGCCUAUCCGUUCCACCAGUCCCAGCAUAGCAGAAGUAUGUCAUCUUUACAUAAAAGAAAUAUUUCUUCUCAGCAAGGUAAAGAGAGGACGUCAGUUCAAUCACUGAAAACAUCAAGAGAUGCAUCACCUUCAGGCUCCACAGCAGUACCGUCAUCAAAGGCCUUGGAUAAGAGCAACAGACUAUCGGAAAAGGAACUUGCAGAAGCUGCAAGCAAGUGGGCAGCUGAAAAGUCGGAGAAGGCCGAUGAAAGCAAUAUACCUGAAAUAACAGAGUAUGAUGCUGGAUCUUCAGCUCCAUUAUACAUCGAACAAACAGAGGAAACAGAAACAAAUAUAACAGAUAGUAAGGAAUUAUAUGAGGAUGGCCAGCUUCUUGGUCGCUCAAAAGCAAUUGCAACUAAGACAAAGGAGAUUGAACGGGUCUACAGACAAGACUGUGAAACCUUUGGCAUGGUAGUGAAGAUGCUAAUUGAUAAAGAUCCAUCAUUAGAGAAGUCCAUUCAGUUUGCCCUGAGGCAGAAUUUACAUGAAAUAGGUGAGCGAUGCAUUGAAGAACUCAAACAUUUCAUUGCUCAGUACGAUGCUGCCAAUCAAGAUCUAUCAGAAUCCUUCAAAGAGGGCUCAUACUAAGGACAAAAAUACCCUUUCAGAUCCUCUGCAUUGUGUAUGCCAUAAUACAUAAAUCUGUUUUUUGCGGGGAAAGAGGAGAUUUUGUUGGAGAUUUGAACCCAAGGCCUGCGCUCCUUUGCAGUAGCUCAGGUGACUAUCUCUUGUUCACUGUGGUCUCCACAAUUGUAUUCUUCCUACCUGUACUUGUUGACAUAUAUUCCUUUCAAAGGAUGUUCUU